UAAUUCCCACGCGCAACGCACUAAGGAGUUGGCCAGCAUGUCGUGGCGAUUCAGCCUCCUCAAUCGUUUCGAAGACCCGCCGGGCGGCAUCACCGAAGGCCCAGCCUGGAACGGCGAAGUGGUGCUGUUCACCCACAUCCACGCCAGCCGCAUCUACGCCUAUAACCCCAAGUCAGGCGAGUUCUCCGUUUACCGCGAAAACACCAACCGCACCAACGGACUGGCCUUCGACGCCCAGGGCCGGCUCUUCGGUUGCUGCCAGAAUGGCCGCGCUAUCGUCCGCUUUGAUCCCGACGGAAGCAUGGUCACCGUCGCCGACAACAUUGACGGCGUGCCCCUGAACACUCCCAACGAUCUGGCUAUCGACGCCCAGGGCCGCAUCUGGUUCACCAACCCGUGGAACACCGGCAAUAUCGACCCCCACGAGGUCGAGCAACUGGACAACCGUUCCGUGCUGUGCGCCGUUCCCCAGGCCGACGGUUCGUACCAGACCGUCCGCUCCACCUACGACACCACCAUGCCCAACGGCAUCCUGGUCUCCCCCGACGGCAAUACCCUCUACGUCGCCGAGAGCAACAGCGACCGGAUCGAAAUCGACCGGGAGCUCCGCGCCUACCCCAUCUACGCCGAUGGCUCACUGGGAGCCUAUGCCACCCUGCACACCUUCGGCCGUGACGCCAACCGCGUGCACCGCGGCAUCGACGGCAUGUGUCUUGACGCUGACGGCAAUAUCGUAGCCACCGCCGGCUGGCCCACCGGUGGCCCUGGCGCCAUGCUCUACGUGUUCUCGCCCACGGGCCGGGUUAUCGAGACCCAUCCCGUGGCGGCCACUCGGCCCACCAACGUCUGCUUCGGCGGCGCCGAUCAGACCGACGUCUUCGUUACCUCCACCGACGGCCAUUUCUUCCACGCCAGGACCGACCGGGUCGGAUGGGCCAUCUAUCCAUAG